AUGGAAGUUUGCAAAGGACGCUUGUUGGGCAUUUCGGUUGCCGUCGCUCAUGGAUUUUUCUCGGGAUCUUUGAAUAUUUUACUGAAAUUUCUCAUAACAACUUAUAACUUCACAUACCUCACUUUAAUCCAGUGCCUGACUAGCACCACUGCGGCGCUUACGCUAGAGGUUUUGAGAAGACUGGGUAAAGUGGACAUCCCUCCUUUCAGUCUACAGUUAGCCAAAGUUUUCGCAAGUGUCUGUAUUUUAUCCACUCUACAGUCAACGCUAACCCUUUGGUCUCUCCGGGGACUAAGUUUACCGAUGUAUGUUGUUUUUAAACGGUGUCUUCCUUUGGUCACUCUGAUUAUUGGGGUGUGCGUCCUGAAGAACGGAAUCCCGUCGGUUGGGGUCAUCGCGGCAGUCCUGAUCACUACUGGCGGCGCAGCAUUAGCUGGCGCAGGAGACCUCACAGGCGACCCCUUUGGCUACGUGACUGGCAUCUUGGCUGUAGUAAUUCAUGCUUCUUACCUGGUGCUCAUUCAGAAAACCAGCACAGACAGUGAGUAUGGCCCACUCACAGCCCAAUACACUAUUGCCAUUGUCGCCUCUCCCGUCUUGCUCAUCUGCUCCUUCGUCAGCAUGGAUGCCAUUGAAAUGUGGACAUACGAGGGCUGGAAGAACCCUUUCAUCACUGGUAUCUUUUGUGCCUGUAUCCUCAUCGGCUGUGCCAUGAAUUUCACCACUCUUCACUGCACUUACAUCAACUCAGCCGUGACGACCAGCUUCGUUGGUGUGGUAAAGAGCAUCGCCACCAUUACAGUAGGCAUGGUGGCCUUUAGUGAUGUACAGCCCACCAAACUGUUUGUGGCAGGUGUGGUGGUCAACACGGUGGGCUCCAUCACCUACUGUAUGGUGAAAUACCAUGAGACAAAGAAGAAGAGCAACUACCAGGACAUGGAUGAGUCCAUUAAGGAUGAAGAACUGCCUGGAGAACCUUAUGUGGAGCCAAGCAAGACAGAUGGUGACCCAGAGAUCCUUCCCAAUGGAGAACUGACUGGUUCCUUUGAAGGUAGUAACUCCAGUGAAUAUCCCAGUGAGGGAAACCAUGUUGAAGAGUCCUUGGAGUUGGAAAAACAGGCCAUCCAAGCGGAGACUGAAUCUACAAAUCAAUCUGUCAGCGAUAACUUCGUCGGAGUGUGGCGGUCCAUCCGUACCUUGAAGUUCCUCAAGAAAGACACCUUACUUGACAAUAUGGAGGUGCAAAGUCCUUAA